CGUAGGGACGGAGGGACGUCAUAGCAGUUUCGAGACAGAUGUUUUUGACACGGAUCGAAUAUCUUGGCGAUGAUGUAAUCGAGUGUAAUUUUAUCCCAGGAUCCGUGAGAGCCGCUAAUAAAAAGUAGUAAAGGUUUAGAGCUUAGAGAAAAAGAAACAAAGGAAAAAUGGAUCAUCAGGUGUUCAGAAUACACAAUCACGACGACUUCGUUAAUAUAACCAAAGGAAUAAAGGUUGCGCAAUGUAUGCAGUUGAAAUCAGCCUCUGCCUUAGGCGUGGAAAAAGUACUCUGCCAGUUGGAGGAACUUGUUGUUUCGGACUCGCUGAGCUGCUCCUUUUGCAAUACAGUUUUUGAGGACAAAGCCCAGCAGAGGCUUCAUUACAAGCUAGACUGGCAUCGUUACAAUCUCAAACAGCGGCUGGGUGGUUUAAAGUCCAUCAGUGAAGGAAACUUCAGCUUAAUGGCUGACAAGGACGAUGUGUCAAGCAUUUCGGGGAGUGAAUCUGAGUCUGAAAAUGACGACGAGACUGGGACCUCUGAGACUGGAAGUUCACGCACCGACUCCAAAGCGGGAAAUAGUAAAACAACAAGUAGCAGCAUACUCAUACCCGUGGACGACAAGAACCGGAAAGAGGAAGGAAAGAGAAAAAUAGCUGAAUCCGUUUCCGAUAGUUCGGACACUGAGUUGGAUGAGGAUGCUUUGCAGAAGAAGCGAGCACAGGAGCUUCUCCUCGUCGCGAGUCGUCACUCUAAAGUAUUUUUUGAAAAUGACGACGGAAAUAUAUUCAGCAUAUAUCGAUGCCUGCUUCAUAGUAAGAAGGAAAUUCCGGAGCUAGACAUAGAGAUGGUUGCACAGGCGCUUGAGAGUGGGAAAAAUACUACAUGGACUGUCAUUAUGCUGGGAGGUGGCCACUUUGCGGCUGCAGUAUUUCAGAAUGGCAUACCUGUAGUUCACAAAACAUAUCAUUGCUACACCGUGCGUGCCAAGCAAGGCGGCUCUCAAAGCUCAAGAGACAACAGAAGUGCAGGAACGCAUCCAAAGAGUGCAGGAGCUAGUUUGCGGCGAUAUAAUGAGGCUGCACUUAUUCAACACAUUCAAGAGAUAUUGGAAUCGUGGACAACACACCUUGUUAGUUCCUCGUUGAUUUUGUACAGAGCAGUUGGACCUCAAAAUCGCACCGUUUUAUUCGGCGGUAAAAAUCCUCCGCUUGAUAAAAACGAUCCAAGACUAAGGCCGCUGCCUUUUCCUACUAGGCGUGCGACAUUCAACGAAGUUAAAAGAGUGUAUGAUAUUCUGAGCAGUCUGGAGGUGUACGGCUCGGCUACGGAGUUUACAGAUUCGUUUCCCAUUUCACCAAAACAACCGAUUCGGAAAAAGGUAUCAAAGGUCGACAUUCUUGAUGGAAUACCGGAAAGUACGCCCACCUCAGAAAUCAUCCCUCCUUCUACCAAUGGUGCUGUCGAUAACGAAAAAUCGAAGAGAAUGUCGCAAACGUCAUUGGAACGACAAUAUCGCAGUCUUAAGUCUCACAUAGAUAGAGCAAAACCUCGGAAAAGCCCUCGGCGUCCGUUGCCUGACAUCGUAGCGCGAUUAGCUCAGUCCUCUUCCGAGUCAGAAUCUGACGAUGAUAGUGGUCCGGCAAAUGAAGUUCCGUUGAUUGAACAAAGCCUUGAGAUGGAUUUCAACGAGCAUCUCCAAGCCUUCCAAGACACAGUGCCGCGAUACAUUAAGGCUAAAAAAGGACGCCGGCAAAAGAGGAAGUCCAAAAAAGAGAAAAAUGACGAACCGUCACCAAAUGCAAGCCUGUAUAAUUUGAAACAGAAAUUAUGGACCGCUUGUAAAUUGGGAGACAUAGAGCUGCUCUCGUCUGCUCUGGAAUCAGCAUUGAGUGAGAUUCAAAGGUGUCAGGGUUUAGAAGAACAGUUAGCAAAUGGUCAGGAGAUAAACGAGGAUCCUACUAAUUUCAUGAAAAUGGACAACGUUGUGAAGCUCGUUAACGAAUCUAACGAAGAAGGCAAUACCCCCUUACAUCUCGCAGCUAAUGGUGGAUAUCUUAAAGUCGUAUGGAGUUUACUGGAAAUUGGUUCAGACCCGUGUAAUAAGAAUAAAAAAUUUCAAACUCCCUACACAGCAACAGUUGAUAAAGAGACAAGAAAUACGUUCAGAAGAUUUAUGGCCGCUAAUCCCAAUAAAUUUGAUUAUACCAAGUCCCAAAUACCUGGCCCGCUGACCGAUGAAAUGGAACUAGAAUUAGCUGAAAAGAAGAAGUUACUGAAGAAAGCUAAACGAGAAAAGGAGAAAAUAAAGAAAAAGGAAUUGGACAAUCAGAGGCAAGAAGAAGCGCUCAAAAAGCGGUUUCUCAAUCUCAGUGACAGAGAAAAGAGAGCGUUGGCUGCCGAACGUCGUAUCAUGCAACAGGGAGGGAUGAUAUUUUCUCGAUGCUUUGAGUGCGGUACUGACAUGACCAAUCAAAUACCUUUUGAGUAUAAUGCCAACCGCUUCUGCUCUAUGGUUUGCCUGAAAAGUCAUCGUGGCGUGAAGCAGAACUAGCAAAAUUUUAAUGCAUAAUAUCUACAGAUUAAUUAGUUUCUCAAAAAGGAUUUAGGUACGUGUUUUAUUUUUACUUACUUUUUAUUUGGACUCAUUGUUUUAAAACAAGUUCAUAUCUCGAUAAUUACGUGAACAGACACAGGUGACAGAACUUGAUACAUCCUAAAUAUUAAAUGUACCCUAAAAAUCUGUCUGGUUUAUAAUGUGCCUGUGCCUUGUAUUCGCAUUACGCAUACAAUUUUAUCAAAUAAAAUUUUAGAAAGC